AUGGCAGCGGCCACACGUGAAAACAUGGAUGGCGAGCAGUAUUCAGAUAAGCGAGUGUUUACGAGAAGAAAAUGGAACAAGCCGUCAAAGAAUUUCAGUCGACGCGGAGACAAAGAGUCAAUGAAAGUUUACAGGAAGAGGCAGACGAAAGGUUUGACAGAAAAAGAAGAAAUCGACAGGCUUCGAGCUCUCUACGAAGACUUCGACUCCAAAAGCGCGACAACCUUCAAGGACUUUCCUCUAUCAACGAAGACGCAACUUGGGCUUCAAGAGGCUGGGUAUGUUACACCAACUGAAAUUCAGCAAGAGGCCAUUGGACUUGCAUUGAGAGGCCAUGACAUCCUUGGAGCUGCCAAGACUGGCUCUGGAAAGACACUUGCAUUUCUAAUACCUGUGCUGGAAAAGCUGUAUUGUGAAAUGUGGGCCCGCAACUACGGCAUUGGCGCCCUGAUUAUUACACCAACAAGAGAGCUGGCGUACCAGAUAUUUGAAGUGCUCAAGAAGAUAGGUGUGCAUCAUGACUUUUCAGCUGGUCUUGUAAUAGGAGGAAAAGAUUUAAAGUUCGAGAGCAAACGGAUGGAUUCGUGCAACAUUGUCAUUUGCACACCAGGUCGCCUACUGCAACACAUGGAUGAAAACCCACUGUUUGAUGCCACCCAGUUGCAGAUUUUAGGGUGGGUGGUUGUACUGGAUGAAGCAGAUCGCAUUUUAGACUUGGGUUUCCAGCAGACAGUCAAUGCGAUUAUCGAAAACAUUCCGCUGCAGCGGCAGACAUUGCUCUUCUCAGCGACGCAGACUAAGUCUGUGAAAGACUUGGCAAGGCUGAGUCUGAAAGACCCAGAUUAUGUGUCGGUUCAUGAGAAUGCCAAGUUUUCUACGCCUGAAGGCCUCAGACAGAGCUAUGUUGUUUGCGAGCUUCAUAACAAGUUGAACUUGCUUUGGUCAUUUAUCCGGAACCACCUGAAGCAGAAAAUUCUUGUCUUUCUGUCCAGCUGCAAACAGGUCAAGUAUGUGUACCGAGCGUUCUGCCGUAUGAGGCCAGGCAUGACCAUCCUGGAACUCCAUGGCAACAUGUUCCAACUGAAGCGCAUGGCUGUGUAUGACGAGUUUUGCCGCAAACAGAGCGCUGUUCUUAUCGCCACCGACAUUGCAGCACGAGGCCUGGAUUUUCCAGCCGUCAACUGGGUAAUCCAAUUCGACUGCCCUGAAGACGUUAGUACUUACAUCCACAGAGCCGGGAGAACGGCCAGGUUCCAGAAAGAUGGUGAAGCACUGCUGAUCUUGCUUCCUUCAGAAGAACCCAUGGCAGAGCAAUUGACUGAGAACAAAAUACCAAUAUCGAAAAUACAAGUCAAUCCCAAGAUGUUUGUAAAUGUACAGAAGAAGCUGGAAGUCAUGUGUGCCAGAGACGUAGCAUUAAAGGAGUGUGCCCAAAGGUGCUUCACAGCUUAUUUAAAAAGCGUAUUUCUCAUGAAAGACAAGACUGUGUUUGAUGUGACCAAGCUUGAUCUGGAUGCAUUUGCAAGGUCAUUAGGCCUGGCCAUGGCCCCUCGAGUGCGUUUUCUUCAGAAGCACAUGAAAGAACUUGAGGCAAGGGAGGCCAAGCAGAAGAAAAUGGCGGAGGAGAAGGCAGCAAAGGCAAAGAGUGCGGACAAAGCUAAGGCGGGACAAGAUGUGUCCACAAAGCCCGUUCCACCCGUCAAAGGUCCCGACACAGAAGCAUUCCAGUUUGACGUGUCGGACGAAAGUGAAGAUGACAUAUUCACUGUCAAGAGACAAGUGACAUACAAAUCUGAUGAUGAUGACGCAGAAUUACCUGCCGCUGUGGAGGAGCAAGACAUAAAGAAAAAGAAAAAAGUCAUAACAAAGGUUGCGUUGGCCAAGAAAGUGCUCAAGAAGAAAGUAGUGCCAAACACAAAAGUCAUCUUUGAUGAUGAAGGCGAGGUUGUAGAAGGUAUCAACGUACCCAAGGCUCAAGUGGUCAAGAAAUUGCUGGAGGAAGAGAAAGCACCCUGUGGCAUUGACCUAGAGAUCUCGAAGAAGAUUCUUGAGGAAGAGGACAAGUUUGACAAGGAGCGCUACCGGGUGCGCAUCAGGGCAAUGCACAAGAUGAAGCGACUGAAGAUGCGCCAAGAGCGGAAAGAACAGAGCGGCGAGGCAGGUGCAGAAUUGGUUGCUGGCAGUGGAAGUGAACAGGAAGAUGAAGGCGAAAGUGAAGAAGAGCAGGAGGAAGCAUCUGGCUCGACAGGUGAAGAGGACAGUGAAGGCACAGAGGCCAGCUCUGAAGACGAUGAUCACCCGCAAAGCGGAAAACGAAAGGCCAACCAAAGCACCAAGUUGCUGCCCGUGAAGAAAAUGGCGAGGAGACAGCCACAACAUGCAAACACUGACAGUGAAAAGGACGACGAUGUUAAUCCCAUGGACACUGGUCUUGACCUGGAAGGGGACGAAGCAUUGGCUCUGCAUAUACUAUCUAAACGGUAAUUUAUCUAAAUCUAAAUAAAUAUGAUGUCUAAGGUUUCCACGGU